AUGGGCCCCCAGGCAGGCCCCGAGCUGAGGACGGAGAGCCCGGAGGACAAAUCCCCGUCAGAGCCUGAAUGUGGGAAGAGCUUCAUUCAGAGCUCCCACCUGCUCCGACAGCAGCACAUCCACACUGGGGAAUGGCCCUACCCAUGUGGGGAAUGUGGGAAGAGCUUCAGGCAGAGCUCCACCCUGAUCCGCCACCAGAUGAUCCACACUGGGGAACGGCCCUACACGUGUAGGGAAUGUGGGAAGAGCUUCAGGCAGAGCACCCACCUCCUCAGCCACCAUCACAUCCACACUGGGGAACGGCCCUACACGUGUGGAGAAUGUGGGAAGAGCUUCAGGCAGAGCUCCCAGCUGAGCCAACACCAGAUGAUCCACACUGGGGAAUGGCCCUACAAGUGCUUGGAAUGUGGGAAGAGGUUUCACACCAGCUCAGAUCUCCUCCUGCAGCAGCGGACGCACACGGAUGAGAGGCCCUUCCGCUGCACCGAGUGCGGGAAGGGCUUCAACCGGAACUCCAACCUCGUCACCCACCGGCGCAUCCAGACCGGGGAGAGGCCCUACAAGUGUGGGGAGUGUGGGAAGAGCUUCACCCAGAGCUCCUGA